AUGGAAAACUUGGCAUUUACUACAAAUGAGGAUGCAUAUGAAAAUGCAAAAUCUUCAAGUUUUAUAAGAGUGAAUGAAAAUUCUGAUAAUAGUUUAUUAGGAGCAAAUAAAAAGAAAAAUCGCCUUUAUCAAAGAAAACAGCCAAUAGCCGAUAGCUUUAAUAAAUUACCGUAA